AUGUCAAGAACCUUGCUCUUGCUCUCUUCUUCUUGGAGUUUAGCUUCCGGGUCUUUGAUUGCGAAUGAAUCUUCCGAGGUCCUGUUUCUCGCCAAUGACAGGUUGGUAACUGCCGUCAACAAGACUAUAGGUGCGGUCGACCUUCUCACCCUCGACGGGCAAGACCUCCUUGGGUCUACCGGUUACAUUCCCGUUACCCCUGGGGGUUCCUCCGGCAAUGGCCAGUAUGGUAUUGGGCCGUAUCUCGACUGCUACUGUAUACCUUCGGGUUCUUACACGCCGGGAUUCCUCAAUUCAACUUACAAGCUGUUCAAGGGCGUUGACUCAACCAAUGUCUCUUAUGGUGGCAUAGUCAUGAGCGAGGUUUAUCCUCCUACUGGCCAGAUACUCGAGCAGUACUGGUUCUUACGAGAUGGCGAGACCGGACUCCAUACCUUCAGCCGUAUAGCUUAUUAUAAUAAGACCACCCCCUUUUUACGGAACCUACAGGAGUUCAGAACCCUCUUUCGCCCCAACACCGACCUCUGGACGGACAUCAUCACGGAUGAUAGCUUGUACGCUCCUUUGCCGGUGCCAAACCCUGCGUCAGGUAAUAUCACGAACGCAACCACGGUGCAAGAUGCUACGUGGUAUAUUGGCAACCGGACGACCAACGACCCCUAUGCUGAGCAGUUUUCUGACUAUUACACCAAGUACACCUUUGCGGCUGUGUGGCGGGACCAGACGGUCCACGGUAUGUUCGCAGAUGGAUCGGCUAGCGAGGACCACUCGACUUUUGGCGCAUGGCUCGUCAUGAACACCAAGGACACUUACUUUGGUGGGCCAAUUCAUUCCGACCUCGUGGUGGAUGGGAUUGUUUACAAUUACCUUGUCUCGAACCACCACGGCGACGGCACUCCCAACGUCACCGACGGGUUCGACCGAACUUUCGGGCCUCAAUAUUAUCACUUCAACAAGGGUGCCGUAGGAGGAUCCUGGAGGGAGUUGAGAGAUGAGGCGGUUGAAUAUGCAUCCCCAGACUGGAACGCCGACUUCUAUGAUACUAUUGCCCAAUACGUGCCCAACUACGUCCCCACGUCAGGCCGUGGCUCGUGGAAAGCCAGAGUCGAGCUGCCAGAGGGGGCUAACAAUGCUAUUGCGGUCCUGGCCCAAAACAGUGUUGACUUCCAGGACAAUGUUAUCGACCCUUCGGCCUAUCAGUACUGGGCAGAUAUCGGGUCGCAUGAUGGCACAGUGCAGAUCGAUCGGGUCAAAGCUGGUAUCUAUCGCUUGACGAUAUAUGCUGAUGGCAUCUUCGGCGACUUUAUCCAGGAUAAUAUUGUCGUCACGGCAGGACAAAUGACAGACAGUGAAAGCCUGGUCUGGACCCCUGAAUCAGCUGGAAAGGAACUAUGGCGUAUCGGUACCCCUGAUAAAGCUGCAGGAGAAUGGAAACACGGGGUUUCUAAAGAUACAACUUCAGCCCUCCAGCCACCCGAGUACCGCAUCUAUUUUGGUGCUUACGACUAUAUCACCGAUUUUCCGGAUGGAGUCAACUUCCACGUUGGCACUAGCGAUACUGGCGACUUCAACUACAUCCAUUGGUCAGUCUUUGGCGGCUUUGCCAACCUUUGGCGACCUGACCAAGUGGAAGGCCACGGAGAGAUCAACAACUGGACCGUCACAUUUGAUGUCGCAGCUAAGGAUAUCGAGAAAACGACUGAGGCUACAUUUACGGUUCAGUUAGCUGGAGCCAAGACGGCGGCGGGGAACACGGAUGUUUUCAAUGCUACGCAACUAUAUAACGACUUGCCGUUUGUGGUUGUUGUGAAUGGAAAGGAGUUGGAACCUUGGGUCAUUCCAUACUACCACUCUUCGUCUUGUGCUGUUCGUAGUGGCAUAACGUGCUACCAGGUUGCUAAGAAGUUUACGUUCCCUACCAACUAUUUGAAGAGUGGAUCGAAUACAACAAACGAGAUCAUCUUGAGUCUCCCGUAUAACGCAACGGACUACGAGUCGGCUGUUUUGCCGAGGAGUGUGUAUGUACAGUAUGAUGCACUACGGCUGGAGGUCCGAUAG